UAUAUAUAAAUAUAUAUCACAAAUUUAAAGACGAAUACAUUUUGAUUCUGAUACGUGCUCUCCCGAAACUCCUGCUUUAGUCGAAAGUGCGCGACGCGAUAUGAGCGACGCAUGCGAACGGGAGCAACGCAGCGAAAAGUGCGCCUCGCCGAAAACUGCAUCAGCAACGCCGUCGAUGACGUUGGCUUCGACAGCCUUGGAAUCGCAAUUGCACAAAACAACAACAACAACAGCAUCAUCAACAGGCCAACAACAACAACAGCAGGAAGUGGCCAUGAGUAGUACAGGUGGUAAUGCAGCUGCAUCAACAGCAGCGGGACACCAGCAGCCGCAACAACAACAACAACAAAUGCAACAACAACAACAACAACAAAUGCAGCGACCUAGUGAAAAUGAUAUGCGUGAGCUGCGCGAAAUAAAACAAUUGCUUUGGGGCGAUAUGGUGCGCGAAGAUGUAUUCAACCGUUGGUCUCAAGGUUUUGAGUUUAGUGAUGUGGAGCCGUCGGCUUUGGUGCAAAAACAGGGCGGUCCUUGUGCUGUGAUAGCGCCCGUGCAGGCGUACUUGCUUAAGAUAAUUAUCAUGGACAUGCCAGGCACACAUUUAGCCAAGCUGCCCAGUGACAAAUGCCAGAGUCUGCUGAUUGAGGCGCUGUGCAAUAUAUUGCAAAAUUGUCGAGCGCCGCGCUUUAAAAUUGUCACUCUACAGCGUCGUUCAACCAAAGAGCAUCGCAUGUCAGCAUCGUCGUCGCCCGCCACUAACCCCAGCGAUGUACAAGAGGCAGAGGAAGCCACUGAGGCAGCAUCUGGAGCGGAUGCAACGUUGGAGAGUCGCUUGGACUGGGAUUUUGAUUUCGAACUGACACCGGAACAGUUCCAUGAGCGCCUGCACACAAUAUAUUUUGAUCAGAUUAUAGAUGUUGCACGUUACUAUAUGGCCAACCAACAGCAAUUGCAACAGACCUAUGGGGUGCUAUUAUUCAUGUACUCGGUAUUUCUAACCAAGGGCACGGAGCAGGUCACUUCAGAGAUAUCGGAUACAUCCGAGCCGCUAAUACAUAGCACAUAUGGCUAUGGCGCACAGUCGUUGAUCAACUUAAUGCUUACUGGACGUGCCGUUGCGCAUGUUUGGGAUAAUGAACAGGAUGUGGGCGGUCUCAAAUUGCGCGGAAUUUGUGAGCAGAGCGAUAUUGGCUUCAUAACACUUAUGGAGCAAAUGCGUUACUGCACAGUCGGCUCAUUCUUUAAGAAUCCGCGCUUUCCCGUUUGGGUUAUGGGCUCCGAUACGCAUUUAACUGUAUUGUUUAGCUAUGAACAGAGGCUAGUAUCGCCGGAGACAGCAUCAGAGACAGGACGUCGCAUAUUUAAGUCAUACGAUCCGGAGGGCAAUAAUUUCAUAUCGAGCACUUUGCUACGUGAUGUGCUACAAGCAUUGGAUCUGGUCAGCGAACCGGCAUAUGUAAAUCUCAUGCAAAAGCGUCUGGAUCCAGAGAAUCUGGGCAUCAUACUGCUAAAUGCUUUCAUGGACGAGUUCUUUCCACAGGAACGUCAAUCGACGCCUGACACAUUCGAGCUAAUGCACUACAAUGGCAUACCAGGAUCCAAUGAUAAUAACAAGGUGCGUUAUUACUUUGGUUCGGCUAUAUUGCUGGAGGCCGAUCUCAAAUCCAUAUGCACCUCGAAUCCGAUGGUCACCUGUCUCCAGACCAAGUGGCCCAACAUAGAGAUCAACUGGCAUGAUACGUAUAUGCCUUCAUUGAAUUGAAUUGAUGUUCUCAACUAAAACAGCUAAAAAUAUGUAAAGCAAAGUGUUUAGCAGACGUAAUCUAUGCUAGAACAACAGCUACCAAAACAAUAAAUAAAACAAAAAUAAUAUGAAGAAGAUGAAUAUAAGAACUAUUGUAACAGUGACGGCCAGUAGAUGCCCAUGCACAUCUUUAUUUCAAACACAAUUUCAAUUGUUUAUUAAUAAUUUAUUGAACAAAAAAACAAAACGUUUAAAAAACAACCAAAAAAAUGCA